AUGAGCAUGGAACAGAGCGCCUUGCUGAGCAGCCAGCACGACAUCCACGGCCGCAUCUCCCGCGCCAUGGACAACCUCCGGAAGCUGGGUGCAGACAAGCUCACCCUCGGCACGGUGAGCACUUGCAUCCGCAUUCUCGACGACCUGUGGGCCAAAUUUGAGUCCAAUCAUGACCUCAUUCGGGCAUGCUACGGGCAACUCUACAGCGAGACUGAGUACGCCAAAACUGAUUUUGUCGACACCGUUGAGAAUGCUUACGCGCAUCAACGCGGUUUGCUUCUCGGGUUCGAAAGCAAACUCAAACCCGCGUCGCCUAGAGAGCCAGUCGGACCGGAGCAAAACAGCGAACACGCUCCCAAGACGUCACUGCCGCGUAUUCAGUUGCGGAACUUUUCGGGCGCGUAUGAGGAGUGGCCGUCGUUUCGGGAUCUUUUCAAGUCGGUCAUCGGUGAGAAUUCGUCGAUUUCGAACGUUGAGCGGCUCCAUUACCUCCGAUCGUGUCUGCGAGGGCCCGCUGAAAAAUUAGUGAGUUCAUUAACGGUGACCGGUGACAAUUACGACCGCGCGUGGGCUAUUCUGAAUAAACAUUUCGAGAACAAGAGGGAGUUGAUACGCUCCAACUUCGCCACGUUUACCGCCGUGGCGAAAAUGAAGGGAGAAACCGUUGACGAGCUGAGCCGCAUCCAUAACGCCGUCACAACCGCAGUCAAUGCGCAGGAGAGCAUCGGGAGGCCCAUAAAGUCCCAUGGAAUGGACCUCUUUAACCACCUGGUUGUCAUGCACUUCGACCAGCGUACGUGA